GACUGUACCUUGCGGCAACUACUAAGAGAUAGAAAAAGGUCAAGGUCAAAUUACUGUGGACAUUUAUGCAAUAUUGCGGUGGAUGCUGCUAGCACGUUUCUGGAUUCCUAGUCCUCCCGAGGCGUAUUUGAUGCGUUUACUCUGGACACCGAUGGAACUUUCUGGCCAGUUGCAUAAUCAAGGUUUAGAAAUUGGCAGAUAGAUUGUAGAAGCCUACUUCCUUUCACGACUCUACUGCGAUAGGCACGUUAUUUCCCAUACAAGACAGGAUCACUUGACAUUGGACAGAAUAAUCACCAUUCUGCGGGCCGAAAAGUUGACGGGACGGCUGAGUGGAGGCUACGGGAUGGAGCAAACCAGCCGUGUUCAGGGUAACCUGCCUAGGCCUGGCUGCCAACGAAGUGUGCUGACUCUAGACUUGGCACAUGGCAAGAGUAGUGGACAAAGAGAAAGCCAAAAUGUAUAUAGAGAGACCAAAAGUGAAGUUAAAAAACGGUUUAUGGGACCGAAACGCCUAUUGAUCGUCCAGGUGGACCUACCGGACCUGUAUUUACCAUCACUUGACCCUGACUCUAUGUAGGUUUCUCGGCAAGUACAUGUUGCAGGAAUGCAGGAGAUUGAAGAGUAACGGCCCCACAGGUGCGAAUAGACCUCACCGAGAAUUGUGGGGCGGUUGAUGUACUAAGCAUGUUACUUUGCUUCGUGCGUGACGGAAGCACUCCGAUGAAUCUUUCCCCUAUUUGUCUCCUAGCUCUGAUGUCUAAACGAGUAAAACAGGCACACGGAAUGAUGAAAAUUGGAAGUUGCAUGUAAGCAACCUUUUGGCCAAACUACAGGAGGUCAAUUAUGUAAAGGCGUCGCAUCACAGCCGACUGUUUGCCGAACAGAGAAUCUCAAAACCUACUCCAGAGUAGGGAAACAAAAGCUGAAUUGACGGUCCAUCCUACAUUCAGGCGCAAUAAUCGGUCAAAGACGUAGGGACCCCACUGAAAGUUGAAUAUAUCGGCCACCAAACACAGCUCCAAGGAAAUUGCAAAAUCAAGGAGGCGCAGAAUCUUGCGUGUGUACCUAUUUGAUUAAUUGAUCGCGGACUGCAGAAGCAAGUAGAGUCUAGUCUGGGCUAGUCUCUUGCACUAGUCUCUUGGCACGGAUCCUUAGACCAAGAUAUACACAGAAGACAAAAGUCCGCACAAAUUGCAUAUGUUAAAUUUCGGAGGACUGAGCUGGACUAACGUUUGCACAUUGAGACUCACUUUCAUCACAUUUAUGUCCGUCAUGCGUAGGGCAGAUUUCCUGCUUCCGACAAAGGAAUGUCGACGGCACAAUUGUCAAAUUUUCAGAACUGG